AUGCGCACAACUCUUCUAUUAACCUUGCUACUGAUACUCUCCUGCAUCUGUACAUGUGCAGCAGCAGAGAGGAUGCCACUACCGGUGCCACGUGUGGGUGGAUACGCUACAGAGGCGAGGGGAACGGGACCACGAGGUAAUCCUGCGAAAAGAGAUGGAGGAAAAGAAAUUGACAAACCUAAUCAUCGUGACUAUUUGGGUAAAGGUGAAUUCACCACCACCACACCAUCCCUCAGUAUGAGUGAGUCCAUGAGUGUCUCUGCCACUCUUCCUCUCUCUGACACCACUACUGUUGCCCCAGCACCAGAUCAACAACAACAAGAAGCAUCAGCAGGAGAGGGACGGCCCGCCACUUCUGAGGAGUCGACUACGACGAGCACCGCAGCACCGAAGAAGAAGAAGAAGGACGGCGGCCGCGGCCCUGAGUGGCUGCACGGCCCGCUGGUGCUGCUCGCCGCCCUCACCGCC